AAUUUCUUUGAGUAAUGAGUUUGUAAAAAUUUACAUAUGUAUUUUCCUUCAAAACGACUAGAAAUAUUUGGAUGUUUUAUUAAACUAUAAAUCCAUAGUUAGGUGUAUUAUCUUAAAUUCAGCACUCAUGGUUAUUUAGUAACUAUUUUGAAUUGUUUAUAAUAAACUCAUUUGUUAUAACCAAUACAUUAUUUAAAAAAGUAGUCUACAUUACUUGUUACUUACAGUAGAAAUUUAAAUUACUAUAGGGAUCUACUACCAAUAACUUGAUACUAUUCAAAUUGCGCCAUUGGUGGUAGGUUACCUUGUUUAAACACCCUUUAGAUUUAUAUUGUCAUAGUAACGAAAGCAUGCUGUCAAUUAUCGUAUUGUAUUAACGAUACGACGAUAAAUUUUUAGUUUUAACGUAUAUAGCGUAUUAUAAGCAUGAGAGUAACGUAUUGUACAGAUCUUGAUAAAAGUGUUGUUGUUACGAAUUGUGAAAAACGUGGUUGGAUCCAGGUUGGACCAGAAGAUGAUUGGAACAUAUACUGGGCUGGCACCCUUACCUGUAGAAGUCUAUUUAGUGUAGAUAGUGGAUAUAGGAUGAGUGAUAACCAAAUAAUUAAUCACUUUCCAAAUCAUUAUGAAAUAUCACGAAAAGACCUCUUAGUAAAAAAUGUAAAGAGGUAUAGAAGAGAUUUAGAAAAAGAAGGCAAUUUAAUGGCAGAAAGAGGAGAUUCCAAAUAUCUACAUCUGGACUUUAUUCCUGUAACAUUUGUACUCCCGGCAGAUUAUAAUAUGUUUGUGGAAGAAUAUCGAAAAGCACCUCAAAGUACAUGGAUUAUGAAACCUUGCGGACGUUCUCAAGGAUCAGGAAUUUUUCUCAUAAAUAAACUGUCGAAAUUAAAAAAGUGGUCAAGGGAAGCCAAAAAUCCAUUGCAGCCUCAACUAAGUAUAAAGGAAAGUUACGUUAUAUCUAGAUACAUUGAUAACCCAUUACUAAUUGGUGGUAAAAAGUUUGAUUUACGUCUAUAUGUGUUGGUAACAUCAUUUCGUCCUUUGAAGGCUUACUUAUUUAAAUUGGGUUUCUGUAGAUUUUGCACGGUUAAAUAUAACUCAAGUGUUGCAGAACUUGAUAACAUGUAUGUUCAUUUGACAAAUGUUUCGGUCCAAAGACACGGGGCAGAAUAUAAUUCUCUCCAUGGAGGAAAGUUAAGUGUUCAAAAUUUAAGAUUGUUUUUGGAAAGUACUCGCGGCAAGCAAGUAACUGAAAGACUUUUUGAUCAAAUAAGUUGGCUAAUAAUACAUUCAUUAAAAGCCGUACAACCAGUUAUUGCUACAGACAGGCAUUGUUUUGAAUGUUACGGAUAUGAUAUUAUUAUCGAUAAUAAGUUAAAACCUUGGUUAAUAGAGGUAAACGCAUCUCCUGCAUUGACGUCUACAACGGCAAACGACAGAAUUUUAAAACACAAACUAGUUGAUAACAUUCUUUCCAUUGUGAUUCCUCCAUCAGGCUAUCCCGAUAUUCGAUGGAAUAAAACACCUUCACACGAGGCACUGGGAAACUUCGAAGUUCUUAUUGACGAAGAUGUUUUAUACUAUGAAAACAGCGCGCAUUUAGAAAGACUUCGGCAGGGAAAAUGAACAUUUUAAGUAAUGUAUAGUUCAUAUUACAUAAAAAUACCCUGUACUAUUUGCACAAAAAAGACAGUUUUAAUAAAACAGUCUGCUAAUAAAUAUAGCAUUUAUUCAAUUAUUUAAGUUCAUACUUUAUAUAUAUAUAUGCAUGUAAAGUCGUGUGAACAUUAAUGACUAACAAUAAAACAUUAACAGAUUAACAUAGAUAUUUACAUGUAUUUAUAUUGUAUACUGCAGGUAAAUGUUGUAGUAAGUAGGUAUAUUAGAAUAUAAAAUCACGUUUACUUUUAAUAACCAGUGCAGAUUAAUAUGAAUUUUUUUUAUGUAGAUAACUUUGAAAAUUUUCUGCUCUUUAAAAUGCAUAUAUUUUUUUAACAGUCGGAAAGUAAUCUAAAAUGGGUAAAUAUCAAUAAAAGUUGCUGAAUACUUUUUGAAAAUCGCCAAUGUUUCUUUUAUGGUGACGCCAGUAGUUAUGAUUAAGCAAAGUUAUUAGUUUGUAAUUAAGUUAGCAAGGCACAUUUUAUUAUUUCUUUUAAAUGUAGGUACUUCUAAUCUUUUUUCAAGCAAGCAAAACCGUAGUGAACUUGUAAAUCUGAAUAUAUAUUCAGUCAUAUUAUGGUUAAACAGAAAAUAUUUAUUUAACAACAUAAAAUCACUGUAAUAUCACAAAAUAUUUUUUGGCUGUUUUUGGCACCAGUUCUAUGUAGAAAGGAAUUGUUAAACUGAAAGUCUAAAAUGUUGACUUAUUCGGCUUGGGUGUGAUGUAUAUGUUGCUAAACAUUUUUUUAUUGAGGCGUUUUCAUAAAAUCAUUACAUUGUUUAUGUAGAGAUUAUUUAUAUUACGCUUGAUUACAGACGGAAUUAUAACUUUUGAGUAUACAAGUUGUGUAAAUUUGCGAAAACUUUCUAAG